GUGGAGUUGGUUAUGCAGGACACAAGCAUUCUUGGAGCAGAAAGCCACCCUCUUCAUCUCCACGGAUUCAAUUUCUUUGUUGUUGGACAAGGUUUCGGGAACUAUGACCCAAAUGAGGACCCGAAAAGCUUCAAUCUUGUUGACCCAAUUGAAAGGAACACGGUUGGUGUGCCCUCGGGUGGGUGGAUUGCGAUUCGGUUUCUAGCAGAUAACCCAGGUGUAUGGUUCAUGCAUUGUCACUUGGAAGUCCACACGAGUUGGGGAUUGAAGAUGGCUUGGCUUGUCUUAGAUGGAAAGCUUCCCAAUCAAAAGCUGCUUCCUCCACCGUCUGAUCUUCCCAAAUGUUAGAAUUUUCAUUUCAUCAUUAUCGCUUGCGAUGAUCAGAUGGCCAGCAGAAUUUUUUUUUUUUGGAAUUAAAUUUGAGAUUAUUUUGUUGAGAUAAUUGAAGGAAAGAAGAGUUGAGAAUUUCUUUUUUUGUAACACUCAAAUAUGGCUAUGCAAUGAUGCAACAAUAAUACGUUUGGAUUAUAUAUUGAGAUUUUUCAUUUUU